UCGCUUUAAUCAACCUUACUAUCCACCUAACGCUUCUUUGAUUCUUAAUCACAAUGCGCGUCACGGCUUUCAUCGCUCUCGCGCUCGCUGCUGCUAUGCCGGCGAUGGCCUACUGGCGUGACUCCGAUGGUGAACAUCACGUCGGCCACCAUCACCAUCACCAUCAUCACGACCAUGGGCACUAUGGCUACUUGGUCGGCCACCGUCUCGGCCACCACCACGGACACCAUCGCCAUCACCACUACGGACACCAUCGCCACCACCAUCACCCCCACCACCACUACUACGGCGAAGACGACGGCCACAGUCAUCGUCACCACCACCAACACCACCACCACGCGCACAAGCACCACCACCGCCCCUCGUCACACUUCGUGCAGGAGGGCCACGACCACCACCAUGACCAGGAGGACGUGCAGAGCUUCGAGCACUUCCGCCCACACUACGUCCGUGAGGUCGCGCGCGAUCAUGGUGCUUGCGGUAGCCAGGCGGAGAGAAGGCGGAACGACGCGCCGUGGACAGGCGACGGGCAGCCCAUGUCGUGGAAGUGAUGAGGACGGCAGGAGGGGCAGACGCGCAAUGGUCGAAGGAGCUUCGAGGGUUCAUUGGAGGAGGUUAAUGUGUCUUUCCGGCACGCUUCUGCCGUGACAGGCUCACACAUACGACGGAGGCAGGACGCGCUCCUUUGCGUUUCUACAGUAAAUUAAUGGCACUCGGCGCGUGCGAAGAGAGGAACGGAUGGAGAAUGACCUUGUUUACUGUGUCACGACCGGUAUACUUGACGAGUGCAUGCAGCGCCUGCGCACAUUCAAGCAGAUGUCCCUGUCCAUUCGGUCCACUCCACAGGUGAGCGCGCGCGUCCUGAUGUACUCUACUAACCGUAGAAGGUAGCGUAGAGAUUCAGGCACGAUCCUCUACGUAGGACACAUAGUGGGGGUGCCAGUGUCCGAUGUGAUUUUAAAAUUGACUAAGCUCCGCGCUACUUACUC